AAUAAGGAGAAACCGCUCGGCAUAGAAGAAAUUAAGCAUAAUAUAAAUAUGUUGAAGGGGAAACUCAUGAAUAGUGCAUCAAAGCUACAACGAGAGCUAGUUAAAAUUUUGAAUGGGAUAUCUGUUUCCGAGCUGACCUGGGAUAAUCCUUUAUCUAGCCAGGUGAUCAGCUACGAUUCGUUAGUAGUUCAACGUUUGCCAAAAAAGCAGAAGGAAAAGUUCAUGAAACUGAUUAAAAAAAUGGUACCUUCAACAAUCCCUUCGAGUAUAUUCGGUGAAUGUAAUAAAUUAGUAUCAAAUUUCUUGCCACGGAAAGAGUUGAGAUUGCGUUCCGGUUUAUCACAUGAUGGAAAAUGGAAGGAGAGUGAUGACAAGCUUAAAGAAAUUGCGAUGAAGAUAUUGGAUUCAAUAAGAAAUAUUUGGUGUAAUCCAGCUUUUGGUAAUGAGUUUAUUGAAUCAUUGAACGAGGGCACUUAUGUGAAUAAUGUGGUC